AUGGCCCCUGCAUGCCUGCUGUGGGUGGGGCUGGUCCUGCUGGGGGUCCUGCAGACCCCUGCCCAGGCCCAGGUCUCAGUACAGCCUGACUUCCAACAGGACAAGUUCCUGGGGCGCUGGUUCAGUGCAGGCCUAGCCUCCAACGCGAGCUGGUUUCUGGAGAAGAAGGCAGUGCUGUCCAUGUGCAGGUCGAUGGUGGCCCCGAGCUCUGAUGGUGGCCUCAACCUCACCUCCACCUUCCUCAGGAAAAACCAGUGUGAGACCCGGACAAUGCUGCUGCAGCCUGCAGGAGCUCAUGGCUCCUACCGCUACCGGAGUCCCCACUGGGGCAGCACCUAUGACAUCUCAGUGGUGGAGACCAACUACAACGAGUACGCCCUGCUGUACAGCCAGGGAAGCAAGGAGCCUGGCCAGGACUUCCGCAUGGUCACACUUUACAGCCGUACCCAGACCCCCAAGGAAGAGUUAAAGGAGAAAUUCACCACCUUUUGCAUGGCCCAGGGCUUCACAGAGGAUACCAUUGUCUUCCUGCCCCCAACUGAUAAGUGCAUCACGGAGCCACAAUAGCCAGGUGAACCCAGCCCUCAGGACCACUCUACCCUUUGCUCUGAGACCUGGCCCCGGCUUUCCCCACAUGGCUUCUGUCCCCCUGGCUCUGAG